AUGGCCAACGACACCGACACCGACCAAGGUGACGAGUACUUUUUCUCUCGAACUUUUCUGUCCUCUGCGCGACUCACGUCGCAGCACUUUGUGUGGACUGCCAAAGCGGGAUUCUUGCUGCAUCCCGCAGUCGAAAAGAGGCUGUCGGAAAUAAAGACACCGGAAAUUGUGGACGUUGCAGCGGGUAAUGCGAUUGUGGCACUCACUCUAGCCCACGACCAUCCCAAGAGCACGGUCGUCGCUCUCGAUAUAUCGGCCGGCCAAUAUCCUCACCCCUGGAACCGUCCAGCAAACACUGAUUUCGGGGUGUGGAACUUCUUCGACCCUGUUCCCGAACAGUACCGUGAGAGAUUCGACGUCGUCUACAUCCGGGCGGUUUCGACGAUAUUGCACGGUCGAGAAAAGGCAAAGGUGGUGGAAAAGCUGAUCAGGAUGCUGAAGCCCGGAGGAUACCUUCAAUGGCACGAAUGCUGCUCGACCGCGAUGGGGGUUUUGGAUGAGCAAUCGCCCCUAACUCCCUUACCAGGCAUGCCCGACUAUUUCCAGACGAUUGAAAAAUACGUGGGUGGAUUCAACUCGGCGGAGCAUUACGGCGAUCUCGACAAGGUGUUUGCGGACAAUGGUCUGGUCGACGUGGACAGGAGGGUCUCCCCAGUCCUCCCUCACUUGCUCAAGCAUGAAACGGACCUGGUAGUCAUGUCAAUGAACGAAGUCUUUGCGACUCUGCGCCGGCGCCCUGGACAGUCGGCCGAGGCUACGCGGGAGCUGGAAGAGGCUCUGGUGAAGAUGUCGGCCGCCGUGGCCAGCGGGAAGUGUUUUGUCUACCUGAUGGCAGUCGUCGUGGGGCGGAAACCUGGCGGGCAAUGA